GAGUGUAAUGGAUGAUACGUGCUAAUGCAGUAUUUAUUAUAUAUUGUUCAUCCCAAUUAGAAUGCUGCGUCAAUUUUAUUGUUCCACAGUUGCGCGUCGUGUGCUGCUGCGAUACAGCAGCUCCAAGACCCCUGAAUCCAUUGUGGACUAUGAAGAUCCCACACACCUGCCGGUGCCAGAGUAUCCAGUGCGUCCAAAUGAGCCUCUAGAAACGCGUAAGCAACGCUUGCUGUAUCAGUCACGCAAGCGCGGCAUGUUGGAGAACGAUUUGGUGUUGAGCACCUUCGUGUCCAAGUAUCUGAAGGAUUUCAAUGCGGAGCAAACAGCGCUCUACGAUCAACUCAUAAAUGGCGUGAGCAACGAUUGGGAUAUAUACUACUGGGCAACAGAGAAUAAACCCACACCACCAGAGUAUGACAAUGAAAUAAUGCAAAUGCUUAAGCAGCAUGUCAAGAAUACAGAGCGGGAGGUGCGCAUAAGGCAGCCCGACUUAUAAAUCUGGCGCAUUGCUAUGUAUUUUAGAUUUAAUUGUUGUGUUGUUAAUAGCUCAUAAUAAAAAGCUACAUAUUGUAGUUUCGCA